UCUCUCUCUCUCUCUCUCUCUUUCUCUUGACUCCCUCUAUCCUCCUCUUCCUUCACCAUGCCGCUCUCCCCUCUGCUUCUCCUUUUCAUCUCAACUUGAACUAUCCGUGCAUUCAAUUUUUAAUGAUACGCGUAGAGCUGGCUCAGUCUCUCUCCCCGUCUCCCUCUGCUCUCUGCUUCCUUCUUCAUCACCUGUUAGUCUCCCUCUCCUCGCCGCUCUGGAAUCCCCCUUUUUUAUGAAGAGUUUCACUUUCGUUCUAUCACUGAGCCCUAUGACCGUGCGAAAAGGAAAUCGUCUAGGCAUCUCCAUCCAGGAGCACAUGGCCAUCGAUGUCUGUCCAGGCCCCAUCCGCCCCAUUCGUCAAAUAUCCGCCUAUUUCCCUCGCCUCUCGCCCACUUCCUCCUUCUCGGAGCCACUCUCACCCAAUCAGUUGACAGCCCCCACUGCACUCAGCCCAGGCAGCGCAGGUCAAGGUGGAGGGGCUGUCGGAGGAGGAGGAGGAGGAGAAGGAGUAAGCAGAGGUCUUUUGUCUCCGCUGCUACCAGGAGCAGCAGGAGGAGGGGGGUCACUGUCAGCCAUGAGCAGCAUGGACACCUCCAUUGAGAUUGACAGCUGUGACAGCGAUGAUAACACCUCCUUGGGGACUCUAGAGUUUGACCUACUGUAUGAAAGAGCCACAAGCUCUUUACACUGCACAGUCCUCAGAGCAAAGGGUUUGAAGCCAAUGGAUUUCAAUGGUUUAGCUGAUCCCUACGUCAAGCUGCACCUGCUGCCGGGAGCCUGCAAGGCUAAUAAACUGAAAACCAAAAUUGUUCGAAACACGCUGAAUCCUGUGUGGAAUGAGACUCUGACCUACUGUGGCAUCACUGAAGAGGACAUGUACCGCAAAACUCUCCGGGUGUCUGUGUGUGAUGAAGACAAGCUGACGCAUAAUGAGUUCAUCGGGGAGUCGAGGGUGGCCUUGCGCCGUGUGAAGCCUGACCAGACCAAACACUUUAACAUCUGUCUGGAACAUCCACCUCCUCUGCCUUCACCAACUGCGAUGAACACAGCCCUGAGAGGAAUCUCCUGCUACCUGAGAGAGUGGGAGACUGAGCAGCAGAGAAGUCUGGAGGAAAGAGGCCGUCUGCUGCUCUGUCUCCAGUACCUCCCCCCAAACAGUGAAAGUGAUUUGAAGGGCGAGGCCAAGGAGCGCGCUCGUGGGGGGUUGUGUGUGGGCGUCAAACGCUGUGCCCACCUGGCAGCCAUGGACGUCAAUGGUUUCUCCGACCCCUACGUUAAAACGUAUCUGAAGCCAGACGUUCAGAAAAAAUCCAAGCAUAAAACAGCAGUCAUAAAAAAGACUCUCAACCCUGAAUUUAAUGAGGAGUUCUUCUAUGAAAUUUCCUUCUCUGAAUUAGCCACCAAGACUCUGGAGGUCACAGUGUGGGACUAUGACCUGGGAAGGUCCAAUGACUUCAUAGGGGGUGUGUCCUUAGGGUGUCACUCACAGGGAGAAACUCUGCAGCACUGGAUAGACUGUCUGAAGAACAAGGGCAAGAAGGUGGAGCGCUGGCACACUCUGACCAACGAGUUGCCUGGAUCUAUGCUCCAGGAAUGAUCCGAGCAUCCUUCCUCGAUUCUGAGGCUUGAGGGACAACCUGAAGACCCGGGAUGGAAGAUGUUUCAUCGCAUGCUUGAAAGUUUUUCUGCAUGACUGUGAUGGAUUUAUAUCCUACUUACUAUGUGUCAUUAAAUGGGUUUGUGAUUCAUAACACCAUACCCACAUUGAAUUCAAAUCUGGUAAGCUGUUCCCACCAAAGAGCACAAACUAUGAGAAUAAGCUUAUUAAUAUUCAUAGGAAUUUUUUGUCCCUUUUUAGGAAUUUAAUGUCAGAAUAAAUGCACCUCUGCGCUGCUCCAAACUGGACAGGUUUUAUUGAACAAAACAAACUGAAAUUCUGCACAUAUGUGUGAUGAGGGAGGAGGUUUAAUCAUUCUGCAGUUUGUUUGCUUUCAACAAAUUCAGUUAUUUUCAUUAACUUCUGACAUUAAAAAUCCACGAUAAUGAACAUCUGUCAUACAGCGCACAAAACUUCUCCUUUGCAAUAAUGUUUUCCCUGAUGCUUCCGGAGAUUUCCAAGUGGUCUUAACACUGUCAGACAUUUUACAUCUAUUGAUCCGACUGUCAUUGGAUCGCCUGCAGAUAGCACAGCCUGAUAAGAAAAUUGGCUCUUUUCAUGUUAGUGCUUUGUGUGAGUUGUUUGCAUGUUUGGUGUUAAUGGAGCCAGGCUCUGCUGCGGAACAACACGUUCUUCAUUGUGUUGUUUCCAGUUCUCUUCAGGUGUGUUGCUUUGAUAAAGUGAAGAGAUUUUUAUUUGAUUUUGUAUUGUUCGCAGUCGUUUCAAGUAUCAGCUCUGUUAUCACUGUGUCAGUUACCUGUUAAGGACAAGUUGAUGUUGACGUGAUUUUACUCCAUAAAGCAUCAUUUGUAAAGAAGAGGACAGUGAUGUAAUUAACAGAAAGGUUUCACAGCGACAUUGUUUUUUGAGAAGGUGUGGCUAUAGUCUGCUGCACCAAAUGGCUUUGUUUACCUCAGAUGAAUUACAGAUGGUGUAUAGAGAUCAAUAUUGUCUGGUAACUCUCUAUAUCUGCUGCUGCUUUACCCUGGUUUCCAUUAACUAUGAGGUAAACAAAAGAUGCUGAAAAUAAGUGUUGUUUAUAUGUAAAUAUAUAUGGUGUUUCACUUGUUUUUGAUAUUUGUCUUUUGGGAGAUGUGCAUGAUUUCUUCCUUUUCAUUUUAUAUAUAAAACACUCAUGCACUUAUUGUGUGUGUUGUUAAAUUUGUAUUAUAACGUACUCUGGUUCCAAAGUG